AUGACCCUGGCAAAUCAGCACCCUGAAGAGUUCAGGAUCGCCUCACUGGUCUUCUACAGCUUCCUGUUUGCAGUGGGACUGCUCGUGAACGCCACCGCGCUCUGGGUUUUCAGCUGCACUACCAAGAAGAGAACAACCAUAACCGUGUAUAUGAUGAACGUGGCGUUACUUGACUUGGUUUUUGUCUUUUCCUUGCCUUUUCGGAURAUCUACCACGGGAAAGAGAGAUGGCCUUUUGGGGAUGCCUUCUGCCGGAUUAUCAGCGCCUUCACUGUUUUCUACCCAGCCAUCGCGCUGUGGUUGCUUACUUUUAUAAGCGUAGACAGAUUUAUGGCUAUUGUCCAGCCCAAACAUGUUAAAGAACUAAAAAAUACAAAGAAAGCUCUGUUGGCUUGCACUUUAAUCUGGGUAACGACCCUGGCAACAACUUCCCCACUGCUGUUUUUAUCUUCAGAUCCAGACAGAGACUCAAAUUUUACCACUUGCAUUAAGAUGCUUGAUAUCAUCCACUUGAAGGAAGUGAACACAUUGAAUUUUUCUCGCCUGAUUUUCUUCUUCUUAAUACCUCUCUUCAUCAUGAUAGGGUGUUACUUGGUUAUUAUUUACAAUUUUAUCCAUGGCAAAACUUCCAAGCUGAAGCCUAAGGCCAAGGAGAGAUCCAUCAGAAUCAUAGUGACUUUAAUUGCCCAGGUACUCAUCUGCUUUGUACCCUUCCACAUUUGCUUCUCCUUCCUGAUGCUGCAGGUUGAAGAUAUGACUUACAGCCCCUGGGCAGCCUUCACCACCUUUCUCAUGAAUCUCAGCACAUGCUUAGAUGUUAUUCUGUACUAUAUUGUCUCCAAGCAAUUUCAGGCUAGAGUCAUCAGCGUGAUCCUGUAUCGAAAUUACCUUCGAAGUGUGCGCAGGAAGAGUUUUCGAACUGCAAGUGUAAGAUCACUCAGUAAUUUGAACAGCGAAAUGAUAUAA